UAGAACGCGUCCAUCGAAACUCCUCGUGUAGUAGAAGCUGAACUCGAUUGUUCCAGAGACUCGACGCUGUACUUUUUUUCAGUUUUCUCUUAUCAAAUCUCUUUGAUACCUCAGAUUCAGUCCUAUCCCUAACGCGUUUACACUUCCAUUAUUAUAUCGUCCAUUCGUUUCUUACAUUACCAUGGCCACAGAACACAUAACACCUCCCCCUGCCAUGUGGGCACAGAGGAAAAACUUGGUGUCGUUGACUAUAAAUGUUGAGGACUGCAAGGAUCCCGUUAUCACUCUUGAACCAACAAAACUUUACUUCAAAGGAACAGGAGGGCCAGACAAAAAGACUUAUGAAGUCACGAUUGAUUUAUUCAAUGAAAUUGACACAGAGGAAUCAAAAUACUUUGUGAGAGAACGCAGCAUAGAGUUUUUCCUGCGAAAGAAGGAAGAGGGACCUUAUUGGCCCUCCAUCUUCAAGGAUAAGAAGAAGGUGCACUGGCUCAAAAUCGAUUUCAAUAGGUGGCGUGAUGAGGACGACAGCGAGCCAGAAGAAAAUGGUGGAGAGGAGUCACAAGACCUCGACGAGAUGAUGCGUCGCAUGGGCGGUUUGAACAGCGCAGGUGGUCAGGUGGAUUUGAACGAUCUUGGAGGCAGCGAAGACGAAGACGAUGAAGAUUUACCCGAUUUGGAAUAGGACAAAUUAAAGGAACGUGUAUGAUCCCUAUUUUGUUCAUCCUUUCGGUUCUUAUAAUAAUUUUUUUUCUUUGCUUUUGUUUAUUGCCCCGUAAGUUGUUUCAUUUAUCCUUCGCCCUCAACUUGCAAAUUUUCUUGAAAAAUUGGAAAUGAAAUAGAAGCCAUUUCCAAAAAAAAAAAAAGGAAUCCACAAUAAGAAAAACCAACGGCGAUUUAACCAAGUAUUUGUACACCAGUCUUGCAUCUCGUCAUGUUCUCGUGUGAGCCGUUUCGAAUACAAAAAAAAAAAAAAAUAGGAAUCAAAUCGCAACAAAAAUAAGGAACCCACUGCAAGACAAA